AUGCCUCCUAACAAGAGGAAAAAGAAACCGGCUUCAAAUCCAGCCAGAGGUUUUGCUACCGUAUCAGUACCUUCAAAACCAAAAGUGGCUGAGUCGAGCACGGUCUCGUCAACGGUAGAUUCUUCAGUAGUUGUAUCGGAAGACGAAAAAUCAUCGAAACAACCAGAGACCCAACGGCCGCAAACUGAUAGCUCCAAGGAUCAAACCCUCCAAACCCUUUCUCCAGAGGAACUUGAGAGACACUUCGAAGAAGCAGAGCUUCAAAUUCUGGUCGAUAAAUACGGAUGGAAGUCUAAAAAUGAAGCUAGUCGCCAAGUUUUCAAAUUUGAAACUGAGCGUCGCGUAUUGAGGUCUCAAGCCAAUGUCCUGAGCUUGAACGAGUGGAUCCCCCAAAAGAUACAGGAUCAAGUUCUUGCUCUGGCCCAACUUGAGCAAGAUCACCUUGACGCUCCUCCUGAAGGGGAUCUUGAUGCUGGGAAAGAAGAGGAAUUGAUUACUAGACUUUGGAGCCUGAAAGAUGCAAUCCGAGGACUUGGAUUUUCAGACAGUCGAGUAGACUCACUGCUGAGACAUAUUAUAACUUAUUACUCUGGAGUUUCAAACAGUUCCAAAAACGUAAAUUGGAAUCUUGAGGAAUCUUUAGAAUGGCUGGCAUUGCAAUGCGACCCUACUGAGCUGGAUCCAUAUGACAAGAAGAAGGACCCGUCGUGGACACCGGAAGAAGCUGCUUCUUCAUUCAUCGGCAGCGAAAAUAAGAAGUCACCUUCGAAUCCUUCGCUUGCUGCCCAGGCCGGAAAUCCGCUGAACAAACCUCCAUCUAGCCGUACAAUAAUUGAAGUUGAGCCAAAUCUCGGGAACGAAUCUGAUAGCUCUCUCGAUCCGGAAGACUUUGCUGACGAGUAUGUCUCUUUGAAAACUCAAAUAUACCAGUUAAGCCCUCAAUUGUUCGACCAAAACUCGGGAGGUGGUAGAAAAGGACGAGCUCAGGCUCCUAAAGAUGUUUCUGACCCCAGGAUCAAGAAACUUCAACUGAAAGUAGCAAAAAUUGAGAGUGACAUUCUCUUUGACCAUGACGCGGCGGAAAUGAAAUGGAGGGAGAAGUUAAAUGAUUUGCGGAGAGAGUUUACGUUCAAUCGCGAAAAGGGACGUGCAGUUCCUGUCGCAAAGAAUGUGCCCUCCAAAGAGUCACAGCCUACGAUAUCUGAAGAUACAGAAGAAUUUGUCAUGGUAGAAGCUUCCGAAUCCGGCGACGAACUCCUUCUAGGUGGUAUCUUCAUAGAACCAGAUGAGCCUCUAUUGGUCCGCGAUACACCUGACAGUAUUAAAGUCAUACGCAAUUUUGCUGAAUCAGUUGGCGGUACUGAGCCUGACAAACUUCUGCAAGAAGUAUGCAAAGCUAGAGACCCGGGUUUCAAGGUUGUUCUGAGAGAUCUAGCGGUCGCAUCCUUUUACAAUCGAAAAGGAAUAGAGAUAAAGUGGUCCAAGCCACAGGAAGAGCCGGUUCCAUUAUCAAUCGAAGGCAUAACUAUCAAAAGCAAUGCAUUCACUGUAUUCGUUUCUAUGGAUUCGAUUGCCGCCGCUAAAGACGAACAAGCGAAGGGGUAUAUCUCUACUCUUGCGCUCUUCCUCGUUUCUGCGCCAGCCUCGAACAACAAGGAGAACAAAGCUUACAUGAGGCUUCCGAAUGUAUGGAGGGAAGUUUACCAAGAAUUUUCUGAUUUGAGAAAGCAACAAGAGGAUGAAUCCGACAAGCAAACAAUUCGAUACCUGAAGAAGCUAAUUGAGGAGAAUCACGGAAAACUUGAACGCGAUGUGGUGCUAUCAGAUAACUUUAAGAGAAGAAACGGUAACAAUAGACAGCAACUUCCAGGGAAAACUGAAUCUACAACUCCAAAGAUCGAUGCCGAUAGUUUGAGAAAGCUGUGGGAAGAGAAAAUGAACACUACAUCAUUUCAGCAUAUGACGGAAUCUCGCAAGAAUCUGCCAGUAUGGGCUUAUAAGCAGCAGAUCCUCGAUACUCUGGCAAAUCAUCAAGCUGUCAUCAUUUGUAGUGAAACUGGCAGUGGCAAAAGUACUCAAAUUCCGUCAUUCAUCAUGGAGAAUGAGCUCGCGAGCGGUCGCGAGUGCAAGGUAUUUGUUACCGAGCCUCGCAGAAUUUCAGCUAUAUCUCUAGCACGACGUGUGAGCGAAGAACUUGGUGAAAGACAUCAAGAUCUCGGAACGAAUAGGUCUCUGGUGGGUUACGCGAUAAGAUUGGAAAGCAAGAUUAGCCAGAGCACAAGACUAAUAUUUGCCACCACUGGAGUUGUUGUCCGUAUGCUGGAACGGCCAAAUGAAAUGCAAGAUAUCACACAUAUCGUGCUUGACGAGGUGCAUGAAAGAAGUAUUGAUAGCGAUUUCCUCCUGAUCGUUCUUCGGCGAUUGUUAGCUCAAAGACCAGAGCUCAAGGUGGUGCUCAUGUCUGCCACUGUGGAUGCCAAAAAGUUUGCGAACUAUUUGGGCGGUGUUCCAGUACUCAACAUUCCUGGAAGGACAUUUCCUGUGCAAGUCAAAUAUCUUGAGGAUGCAAUCCAUUUGACAAAUUAUCGACUAGAUGAUUCAUAUCCAGCAUCUACAAUCAUUGACGAGGAUGAGGAUGAUAAAUCGUCGGAUGAAGGGCUAACUGAUGAGAUGGGUCGAGGUUUAAGAGCAACAUUGGAAGGUUAUCCGUACCAGACGAGGGAUACAGUUCUGAAAUUCGAUGAAUAUCGUCUCGACUAUCGCUUGAUUACAAGACUUUUGACGGCCAUUGCGACGAGACAAGACUUGAGUCAAUACAGCAAAGCAAUUCUGGUCUUCUUACCAGGUCUAGCAGAGAUCCGAAGGCUCCACGAUGAAAUUGGUUCCGAUUCCACUUUCAAUCAGGGAUGGAUUAUUCACACCCUCCACUCGUCUAUUGCUAGCGAAGAUCAGGAAAAGGCUUUCCUUGUACCGCCUGAGGGAACCAGGAAAAUUGUGAUAGCUACUAAUAUUGCAGAAACUGGUAUCACGAUUCCAGACAUCACAGCUGUGAUUGAUGCUGGAAAGGAGAAGGUUAUGAGAUUUGACGAGAAACGUCAGUUGUCACGGCUAGUAGAGUCAUUUAUAUCUCGCGCCAAUGCAAAACAACGUCGUGGACGAGCUGGACGUGUCCAGAAAGGAAUAUGCUUUCACCUCUUUACAGAAUACCGACAUGAUAAUAAAUUAUCGGAGCAACAAACUCCUGAGAUGCUAAGACUUUCACUUCAAGACCUGGUACUUCGUGUCAAGAUAUGUAAUUUGGGAGAGGUCGAGAACACUCUUCUCGAGGCAAUGGACCCACCGUCUUCGAAGAAUAUACGCAGGGCUAUUGAAUCUUUGAAAGAAGUCAAGGCACUCACGAGUGCCGAGGGUUUGACUGCCUUGGGAAAGCAGCUUGCGAAGCUUCCAUUAGACGUGUGGCUCGGUAAAUUGAUAAUAUACGGUGCCAUUUUCAAAUGUCUGGAUGCCUGCGUUAGUAUCGCGGCUAUCUUAUCAUCAAAGUCGCCAUUUGUCAAUACAAUUGGUUCAAAUUCCCAGCGAGAUGCCGCUCGACUAUCUUUCAAAAGAGGUGAUUCUGAUCUUUUGACGAUUUAUAAUGCUUAUCUCGCAUGGAAGAAGAUCCGAGAGACUCCAGGGGUAAACGAGUACACAUUCUGCCGGAAGAACUUUCUCAGCCCUCAGUCGCUACUGAACAUUGAAGAUAUCAAAACGCAACUGCUUGUUAGUAUUGUUGAUGCAGGGUUGCUGAAGCUGGAAGCAGAGGAACAGACUGCGCUGCGAAGGGCUCGAGUAACCGGCCGCAACCGACAAUUCUUCGUCAUUCCCGAACGAGUUAAUGUCAACAGCGCAAACGACUUGAUAGUCAAUUCGGUUAUUGCAUGGAGCUUCUAUCCUAAACUUGUGACUCGUGAAGGGAAAGGCUGGCGCAAUGUGGUCAACAAUCAGAACAUCUCGCUCCAUCCAAUCUCUGUUAAUAAACAGGUGGAUUCGUCUGUGCAAUGGCUGUCGUAUUAUCAUAUCAUGCAGACACGUAACAGAUACUACAACGCUCAUGAGACUAGCGCUGUGGAAAGCUUUGCGGUUGCCUUGUUAUGUGGUGACGCUGAGUUCAAGAUGUAUUCCGGCAUUAUCUCAAUUGACAACAAUCGCAUACGGUUCUCUGUUAGAGACUGGAAACAAAUGCUCGCAUUCAAAAGAUUCAGCAUUCGUGUCCGCGAGAUCAUGACAGAAAUAGUACGGAAUCCACAGAAGAUGCUAUCACGCCGGCAACGAGAAUGGAUGGAGAUCUGGCAACAGAUAUUCUUUGGCAAAGCUGCAAAGGCAGCUGAAAAGAAAUAG